UUGAGGAGUAACGGUUUAUUAUAUGUUGGGUUUAUUGACAAAUAUCUUUCAAUUAUGAUUACCUAUCUUAGUAUCGAUAAUGACAAUAAUCAUUGUGUGAAACCUUGUAUUCAAUAUGCAUAACCAAUACUCACAUUGUAUUUGAUCAUCUUUAUUACUCAGUGUAUUUUACACGCAUUUAUAUAAAAGAUUAAUCAAUAAUCAAUAUAUCCUUUACACACAUAGUAAAACAUUGUUUGAUAUGGCAUGUGACUAACACAGACUCUAUUAUAUGACAAAUUAACCCACAUGAUACAUUUACUAACACAUUAACAUAUAACAUAUGAGAUGUAGCUCAGGCUUGAACUAUUUUUUGUUUACUGCAUGACCCUAACUAACGGUCAUCAAUUCGACUGGUACGGGGCUAAAUUGCUACAGAAGAGGCCUUAGUUCAAAGCGGCCUUGAUGAGCAAGUGCCUCCCUAAAACCUCUGCUUCCAAGAGGGGGGUGACGCAUACUCACACAGAUAGUGCCACGAUGUGCCAUGAUGGAAGAACACAGUCAAGGUCAAACACUAGUGGUCCAGUCAGACACGUGAAACUUCAGUACUAACACGUGCAUGCUAACAUGAGAUGAUUUUAACAACGCCUCAUCAACAGGCUUACGUCAUUUUGGGGUAUAAACGUGGAGUCAGAUCAGAAGGGGGGUCAGAACUUAUGCUGGGUGGCUGUUAGACGGUCUCUCAUGUGUUAGUUCUCCUGAAUAUUCAGUUUGUAAUAAAUACUUGGUUUGCUUUCAACUUCACUCCACUGUCUGACUCUCUCUAUCAAACGAACACGCAGGGGAGUUGUACCCCGGACGAGAGGUGGGGGUAGCCCACCUCACAUUUUCUUUUCUACAACACUACCCAACCCAACCCACUCUUUCCCUGCAGGUGCAAGAGGUAUAAACCAUGAGAGGCAGAUACAACAUAGCCACCACCAAUCAAAGUAUGUAGCAAUAUCCUAUAUUGCACUGCCUGAUACUGAAAUCCACCUUAGCAGUGCAAUCAUCCUGCAUUUCCUUUAGUUUAGUCAUGAUAUCUGUCCACUUCCUCUAUCUGCCCAAACCUGAUCCUCACUCACACCUCACUCAUCUCCCAACAGGGACAUCUCAGUUUACAGGUGCAUUUUGAAGACCUGGACAGGUGUAUAAGGCUGGGCACCUUAUACAGAUCCUCAGUGAGUCUGUUGUCCUGGAUGAAAAGAAGAUGAGCUUGUUCUCAUAUCUGUCCAUCACUUGGAGUCUGGUGGUGCUGGCGGUCACUCUCCUGUUUCUUUAUGGCGUUUGGCCGCAUGGUUUUUUUAAAAAGCUGGGGAUCCCGGGACCGAAGCCCUGGCCUUUCUUUGGAACAUUUCUUUCAUAUAUAAAGGGAUUUCACAAUUUCGAUACAGACUGUUACAAGAAAUACGGGAAGGUUUGGGGGAUAUAUGAUGGAAGAUUGCCAAUUCUAAUGGUGUUAGAUCCUGAAAUGAUCAAAUCGAUUAUGGUGAAGGACUGUUAUUCCGUCUUUACCAACAGGAGGGAAAUACACACGGAGAUGAUUGGACCCUUUUCUGAUAGGUUAACUGUUGUUAAAGAUGAAAAGUGGAAGCGGAUCCGUGGCUCACUCUCUCCAUUCUUCACGAGUGGACGACUGAAGGAGAUUUUCCCAAUAGCUGAGAAAUAUGGAGAUCGUUUUAUUGAGAACCUGAAGAAGAGAAGGCCAGAUGAUCCAGUUCAAAUUAAAGAUGUUUUUGCUCCCUUCUCGAUGGACGUGGUUGCCAGCGCCUCCUUUAGUGUGGAUAUUGAUUCUAUAAACAACCCUGAUGAACCUUUUGCGGCCCACUUCAAGAAUAUUUUUAACUUCAGCUUCUUCAGUCCUCUUUUACUGAUUCUCACUCUGUUUCCAUCAGCUGCUGGACUUUUGGGAAAAGUGGGAUUUAAAACAUUUUCCAAGUCAGACCUGGAGUUUUUCUACACUUCCCUGAAGAAGCUAAAAGAGCAGCAUAAUAACAUGAAUCAUAAACGAGUGGACUUUCUGAAGCUCAUGAUCCAGAGCAAGAUAUCUGAUAAUCAGACUGAGAGCGUCUCGGACGAGCAACCAGUCAAAGGGCUGACUGAUCAUGAGAUCCUGUCCCAGUCCUUCAUUUUUAUGGUGGGGGGUUACGAGACCACCAGCACAGCCCUCACUUUUCUGCUGUAUAAUCUCGCCACUAAUCCUGACUGCUUAAACAAACUGGUGGAGGAGAUUGAUGAAACGUUUCCUCAUGGUGCUCCAGUUACAUAUGAUGCCCUGAUAAAGCUGGAGUACCUGGAAAUGGUCAUCAAUGAGUCGAUGCGUCUCUUUCCCAUCGCUCCCCGUCUGGAGAGAGUGUGUAAGAAGACCAUUGAGCUCAAUGGAAUCACCAUACCUAAAGACACGCUGGUCGCGAUCCCGGCAUAUGUCCUGCACAGGGAUCCACAGCUGUGGGAAUCUCCAGAAGAAUUCAGGCCUGAGAGGUUUAGUCCAGAGAACAACAUCGACCGCUACCUGUUCAUGCCGUUCGGUCUCGGGCCGCGUAACUGUGUGGGAAUGAGGUUUGCUCAGAUGAUCAUGAAGCUGGUGGUGGUGAAGCUGCUGCAGAACUUCAGCGUAGAGACAUGCAAAGAGACACAGAUUCCCAUUCAGCUGGAUACUCUCUUCCGUCCUACAGUUCCCGUGACUCUAAAAUUUACACCAAGAGCUCACAAAGAGGAAUAGCUGAAUAGUUUCCUGUAAAAAAAUGGAUCAUCUACACAGUGAGAAAGGGGACUUUUAAUAAUAGAUAGAUAGAUAAUUUUCCACUGUCAGAUCCACUAUAUGAAAUUUGUUUUGCAUAAAAACAGUGGCGCCGUUACAAAAUAGUACAUUAACGAUGCAACAUAUGACACAAACAUUAUAAAGAAAAGAAAAAAAAGAGAAAAAUAUAGAAAAAAAAAAGAAAAAGACUAUAAAUGUGAUUGAUAUUUGAUACAAACAGCUCCAGUCAAAAGUCUGGUCA